UACAACUACAGCGCCGCAGCAUCGUCUAGACAGACACUCAACAACCUCGAUUUAUUUUUACUGCGCAAUGAGCACUUGCGCCCUACAUCCCUUGAACGGCCUUGUGCAGAACAUCGACAAUUGGGCCACUUUUCCGCCCGAUGUUCGUUCUGCCUAAUUCCCUGCGCAUCUCCUGAAUGGCAUAUGCCUGCCUUCUAAAUACUCGAUCUGAACGCUUCUACGCACCUCGUACCUCUGCCAUUGUUUACAGUCGCCAGCAUGGGCACCGCAUUUUCGUACCUGCGGAUUCCCUUGUUCGCAUCUUCCGGGCUGGCUGCUCUAGGAAGUAGUCUGCUCUAUUUCAAGCAAAACGACAUAAUCUAUCCCGCCAAUCUUCCACCCGGCUCUAGGACGGAGGUACCAAAACCAGAGCAAUUCCGCAUCAGAGCCGCCGAAUCCAUCAAAUUCCCUACACCCGACGGCGAAACGCUUCAUGCAUAUCUUUUGCGACCGCCGACCCCCACCUUGAAGAAAGAUAUCACACUGGUUAUGUUCCACGGUAAUGCUGGCAAUGUGGGCCACCGACUGCCUAUAGGUAAGGUGUUGUCAGAGAGCGUGGGUUGCCACGUAUUCAUGGUCGAAUAUCGAGGUUACGGUCUGUCGACUGGCUCGCCGGAUGAGAACGGCCUGACCGUGGAUGGCCAAACAGCUCUAGACUUCGUCCGGAGCCACGAAGAGUUGAGAAAAACACAUAUCGUUCUCUAUGGACAGAGCCUGGGAGGCGCGGUGGCGGUGAAACUUCUGCAGGCGAACGAGCAGGCGGGCGAUAUUGCUGGUGUGAUCCUGGAAAAUACAUUUCUGUCCAUUCGAAAACUGAUACCAUCGGUGAUGCCGCCUGCCAAGUACAUCGCAGCGCUCUGCCAUCAACAAUGGAAUUCCGAAGAGACCAUGGCCAAGAUCAGCGACAAGGACAUGCCGAUAUUGUUUCUCUCUGGCCGACAGGACGAAAUAGUACCUCCCUCUAUGAUGAAGGCAUUGUACGAUCAAUGUCCGAGUACCCGCAAAGUGUGGAAAGAGUUCCCCAACGGUGACCACAACUCAACCGUGGCAGAACCAGAGUAUUUUGACACCAUCUGGGAAUUUCUGUCUCGAGAUGUGCUCAGAGGCGCCCAGAAGAAGAAUCUGAAGCGGGAUAGUGUCGAUGUCGAUCGGAGCGAGCUGUGGGCCUGAGAUUGGCUCUCACAAGGCAGAGGGAUGUCCCCAUCAUGAGAGCCUUUCGGCUUCAUCAACCAGUUCCUCGAGGCUGAAUCCCUGGUCGCCACUGCUGAACUUCUGCAACAAGCCUCGCCGCUUUUCACGACCGAUACCUCCGCCAUGCGCUUCAUAGUCAUAGAACUUUUGCAGGCACAUCAGCAACCAUCUGCCUUCUUCGACACUGACGCCGCGUCCAUCCACAACAGACCCAUUCAAUAAGACGAUCCCGUGGGAGUCGGCAAGAUCAAGAUGAUGAGUAAUGGUGGUGUGUGGCUCCGCAUACGUCCCGUGCAGCUUAUAGGCGGCCAAAUGCGUAAAGAUGACAGUACUGGUGUGGUUAUUGGCGGUCUUGGAACCGGGAGUCGGCGGUGCGCCGGCCGGAGGAUGGAACCCCCAUUGCAUGAAAUGAAUGUCAGCGGCUGACCGCUCGCCUCCCUCGAACCCUUGCGGCGACUGUUUCACAUCCCCGCUCCCGUCGUCGGCCGUCGGCCGUGGCAAAGGAAGGACGAACUGCGGAUGUUGCCGGGCAUUCUGGUAGAUACGGUUGUAUGUCUCGAGGGGGAUGACGGCGCAUAGAGAGCGGGGAUCGUUGGCAUGACGAAGUCUCCAGAUGUAUUCCACCUCUUUGUUGCCGAGAGCAGUGACCUUCUCGAGAUCAAGGUAGGAAGACAGGGGCUUGAUUCCUGGCGUAUUGGACUUUUCCGACGAUUUUGACUGUGACGGGGUCCGUAUGGGUUCCUGGUUGGGAGUGGGCGGUGGAGGCGGCGGCUGCUGGAACGGAGUCUGGUUUGAGGCUUGCGAUGGUGCUGGCGAGGAGGGAGCGGCGGUCGAAGGUGAAGGAGAAGCUGUUGUCGUCGUCUUCGUAGACGGAACAGGAACCGGACCUGCCCCAGGCGGCGGUUUCAGAGCCGACCGUUUAUACUCCUCGAUUUUGUCCUUGUAUGCCUCUUUCAGCGACGAUAUGGACUCAAGGCCUUCUCUGUACGAUAAAACUCGUCAGCCCUCCAAAAAUGUCAUUUAAACCAUAUCAGGCCCGUGUAUCAAACUCCCAUUUCUCCACUACUACCGCCAACUAGGGUGGGAGGUAUUGUAUCCCACCCUAGGAGAUGAGUAUAGAUCCCGCGUAGGAAGAAGA